AUCGUGAUUUAACGCGCAACUCUAUUCGUGGCCUUAUCACAUUGGUGCUUAUCAUGCUGCGGCGCCUCAGGCUUGUGGAUAUCUAGCAUGAAUGACAUAGACAACCGUGACCCCUCAUUCACGGUUCUCCUUCCAACUCUCCGGACCUGAGAAGACAGCCCGAGGCCAUAUCUUCUGUGCAACGAAUCGGGUUAUGGAUUCAGAAAAAGAGACAUCUCGUGAAGAAAUUGCGGAUUCUCCGCUCUUCAAAGGAGAUGAAGCGCUUCGACUGGUGGGAACUCAAGCACAGAAAUUCAAUGAAGAAUAUAAUCGAAGACUCAGGAACAAACUCGACAAGGUUAUUAUUCCAAUAACUGCUGCGGUUUACUUCACCCAGUUUUUGGAUAAAACAUCGCUCAAUUAUGCGAGUAUCAUGGGGUUUCCGGUAACUGGACAGAAUUACAAUUUGGUUUCAAUGGCGUUCUAUCUUGGUUUUAUAGUUUGGGAAUUCCCCACAGUAUAUAUCGCCCAGAAGCUCAGGCUUGGGAAAUACCUUGGCGUAAAUAUCAUCAUAUGGGGCAUCGUGCUAUUGUGCCAUGCGUUUGCGAAUUCCUUUCAUGCCUUCUUCGCGCUUCGUUUUAUUCUCGGGAUGUGCGAGAGCUGUGUGUCUCCUAUCCUUAUAUCGAUAAUAUCCAUGUUUUAUAGAAAAAAUGAACAAGGAAUUCGCAUUGCAUAUUUUUACGCAAUGCUUGGUUUUACUCAGGUCUUCGGAGGCUUCGUAGCUUAUGGAAUCUCAUUUUACAACGGAGGUGCCAUGGCACCAUACAAGAUUGUAUACUACCUCCUUGGUGGCCUUGCAAUCCUCGUUGGUAUACUCGUAUUGGUGUGCUUACCAGAUUCGCCUGUCAAUGCCUGGAUCCUUACGGAGGAGGAGCGCAUUGCGUCCCUAGAACGGGUCAGGGAUGACCAGGGUGGUACGGAGAAUAGGAAGUUCAAGAAAGAACAAGUCAUCGAGACACUUCUGGAUGUCCGAACUUGGUUGAUCGUGCUUGCAACCAUGCUUACCGAUAUCCCUAGCGGCGGUCUCACUAACUUCAGCAACAUUAUCAUAAAGAAUUUCGGAUAUACAUCAAGGCAGACUUUGAUUCUUGCCACUCCCUCUGGAAUUGUGGAGGUUAUCUCAGUGGUGGUCUGCGGUUAUUAUUCUGAUAAAAAGGGAGAACGCAUGUUACCAGUGAUUUAUGCAACUCUCCCGACCCUUCUUGGCGUCGCGCUGAUGAUUGGCUUCAACGAUAGUGGACAGAAGGGGGUUUUACUAUUUGGUUCAUAUCUCAUAGGCUCGUUUGGAAGCACAUUAUCUACGAUCUAUGCAUACAAUGCCAGUAACACCAGUGGAUACACGAAGAAGCUCACCAUCAACGCGCUCACCAUGGUCUUUUUCUGCGUUGGAAACAUCAUUGGCACUGAAAUUUUCCAACCUAAAGAUGCACCGGCAUAUAUCCCAGGUAAGGCUGCCAUCAUGGUUUUGCUUUCAACGCAGAUCGGAGUAGCAUAUCUUUUGCGCCACAUUAAUGUGAAGCUAAAUAUCAAACGACGAGCGAUGAUAGAAGAGAUUAAGAGGGAGAAGGGUUGGACCGAUGACAACGUUCAGAAGGAAAAGGAGCGUCGUGCAUUCGCCGACAUGACAGACAAACAGAAUGUAUUUUUCCAGUAUGUAAACUGAUAGCAGGACCAUCUAGCACAUCACAAGUCACUGGAACGAAGCUUGUGAAAAUAUACUAUGCAUAAAUACAAUGUCUGUAGACAUAUGACAAGGGGGGAUGCAACAACCAUAAAUUAACAUCUGUCUACCGGAAAACUUUUUCCCAUAGAAUGAUUGCAAUUAUCAGGACUAGGACAACAAUGAU